AUGGACAUUGUAGAAGUCAGAAGAGCCCAGGAGAGCAUCUCGUGGGAGGUGCAGCGCUACGAUGGCUGGUACAACAACCUGCUGCACCACAGCCACGGCUCCGUGGGAGCCAGGCUGCUGCGUCUCCUGCCAGCCAACUAUGCCGACGGCGUCUACCAGGCACUGCAGGAGCCCCGCGUGCCCAAUGCUCGCCGGCUGAGCCAGGCGGUGGCGUGGGGACCCUCGGGGCUGCCCUCCAGCAGGAACACAACUGUGCUGGCUGUCUUCUUUGGUUUCCAUGUGCUCUUGGACAUCAUGGAGACAGAGAAACCUGGCUGCCCUGCUGAGUUCCUUAACAUCUACAUCCCACCUGGAGACACGGUGUUUGACCCUGCCGGCACUGGAGAUGUGGUGCUGCCCUUCCAGCGCAGCUGCUGGGCAGCAGGGACGGGGCAGAGUCCCAACAACCCCCGGGAACAGACCAACGGGAUGACAGGCUGGCUGGACGGUAGCUCCAUCUACGGUCCCUCACACUCCUGGAGCGAUGCCCUGAGGAGUUUCCUGGGGGGACAGCUGGCAUCAGGGCCCAGCAGCAGCCUCCCGAGGCAGACAGAUGGGAGGGUUCCCAUGUGGAAGGCACUGGAUCCGUCCACGGGACAGGGAGGUCUCCAAGGGAUCUACGACCUGGGGAGUGCUUGGGGGAAUGAGAACCCCUUCCUGCAGGCCGAGAGCAUUGCCUGGUUUCGGUACCACAACCACCUGGCCACAGCACUGGCCCAGAAGCAUCCUGCCUGGUCCGAUGAGGAUCUCUUCCAGCACACCCGCAAGAGGGUCAUCGCCACUUUCCAGAGCAUUGUUCUGUAUGAGUGGCUGCCAACCCUGCUGGGCACACGGGUCCCGGAGUACCGAGGUUACCAGCAGCACCUGGACCCCAGCCUCUCUCCAGAGUUCGUGGCAGCUGCAGGGCAAUUCCUGGCCACCAUGGUGCCUCCAGGUGUUUACAAGAGAGACACCAAGUGCCGGUUCCAGAACGUUUCUGUCUCAGGUGGCUCAUUCCCAGCAGUGCGGCUCUGCAACAGCUACUGGAGCAGAGAGAGCCCCGCGCUGCAGCAGGCAGAAGAUGUGGACAACCUCCUGCUGGGGAUGAGCUCACAGGUAGCAGAGCGGGAGGACAACAUUGUGGUGGAAGAUCUCCAAGAUUACUGGUACGGGCCCCUGAGGUACUCCCGCACCGACUACGUGGCCAGCUGGCUCCAGCGCGGGCGAGACCUUGGCCUGCCAACCUAUAACCAAGUGCGGCAGCAUUUUGGGUUGAAACCUCUCCAAAACUGGUCAAACCUUGCCCCACACCUGGAGCCACAGGUCCUGCAGAAGGUCGCUGCCCUGUAUGCCAACAACGUGGCUGAGCUGGAGAUGCUCCCUGGAGGCAUGCUGGAGGCUGAGGGCUCCCUCUUCUCUACCAUCAUCCUGGAACAGUUUGUGCGCCUGCGUGAUGGCGACAGGUUUUGGUUUGAAAACACCAAGAAUGGGCUGUUCACAGAGGAGGAAAUCAGGGAGAUCCGUAACACCACCUUUCACAGCGUCCUGACCUCCGUCACCUCUGCCAAAUCCACAGAUCUCCAGCCCCACGUGUUUGUUUGGAGACAGGGGGACCCGUGCCCCCAGCCCCAGCAGCUGACAGCUCAACACCUGGCCAGCUGCACGCCCAUGAUGGUGCUGGACUACUUUGCAGGCAGUGGUGCAGGCUUCGGGAUCAUCAUCGUUGUCCUCUGCUGCCUACCCCUGGUGACUCUGUUUGUGGCCUGGGUUGUUGCCGCUCUUCGCAAGAGAGAUUUCAAGAAGCUGCAGGGGAAGCAGAGCACCAGUGUGCACAGGGAGGUGUCCGGCAAGGCCACACACGCCAUGGAGUGGCAUGGGACCAAGACAGACAACUCUCCUGUCUACAUUCAGCUCCAAGAUGACAAAGUGCUCAAAGUACUGGAUAGCAGAGGGUCUGUACUCCGGAGCAUCAACCUGAAAGCCCACCAGAAAGUGGAGGUGAUCCUCUCCAACAACAAAGGGAACAAAGCUCUGCUCCUGAAGAGCCCCAAGGAGUAUGACCUGGUGCUGCUCUUCAAUGAGGAGGCCGAGAGGAGCAUCUUUGUCGGGAAGCUAGGAGACUACUUGAAGGAGAGCAGAUUUGACCUGCAUCUGUAUGAGAUGAAGGAGCAGAGCCUGAUGAAACGGGCAGUCACCCAGCGGCAGAGAAAACAAAUUCUGGAGACUUUCUUCAGGCACCUGUUUGCUCAGGUGCUGGAAAUCGACAGAUCCGAUGCUGGGGAGCUCAGAUUUGAAUCUUCACAGAAAGCAAAGGAGUCUCUUACGUGUGAGCUGAGCAGGGCUGAAUUUGCUGAAGCCCUGGGGCUCAAAGACCACUCCAUGUUUGUGGAUUCCAUGUUCUCCCUGGCUGACAAAGAUGGCAAUGGCUACAUCUCCUUCCGGGAGUUCCUGGACAUCUUGGUGGUCUUCAUGAAAGGGUCCCCAGAGGAGAAGUCCAAGGUGAUGUUCAGGAUGUAUGACAUUGAUGAGAAUGGAUUCCUCUCCAAGGAGGAGUUUCUGAGGAUGCUCAGGUCCUUCAUUGAGAUCUCCAACAACUGCCUGUCAAGAGAGCAGGCGGAGCAGGUGACCGAGUCCAUGUUCCGGGCCUCAGGGUUUCAGGACAGGGAUGAGCUGACAUGGGAGAAUUUCCACUACAUGCUGCGGGACCACGACAGUGAGCUGCGGCUCACCCAGCUCUGUGUCAAAGGUCAGUGGACACGAGCACUGGGACACCCCAGGUCCUGCAAGGCUGGAGGCAAUGGGCAGCACCCAAUAGGUAGCUCUCAAAUCCUGGCCCAUCAAUCUCCCCACCUCAGCUUCAGUACAGGGGCAUCGGCUUUUGCUUUGUGUAUGACAUGUUUGGGUCAGUUCAGAGCUUUUCCCUGUGUCCCUGAGGUGUUCAAGCAAAAUCUGCACAACUCUGCCUCCUUCAUAAAAAAGAAAGAGCCCAAAGGAACCAUCUCAGAGGAGAAGAAAGACCCAAAUCUGGAUGCUGUGAGUCACUACAUAGAGCAAGAAGGCCAAGAACUGAGGAAGAGACCAGGAAGAAAGGCGAACCAGUACCAGAUGCAUCUGUACACAGAAGCACAACGGAGGAGAUACGAGAGGAACAGAGUUCAGCAGAAGAUCCAGGAGUUCAAGCGCUUUGUUGAGAAUUACCGGCGCCAUAUUAUCUGUGUCAUCCUCUUCUCCGCCAUCACCACUGGCGUCUUUGCCGAGAGAGCCUACUACUAUGCCUUUGCAUCCCCCAGCACUGGAAUUGCACAGACCACCUUCGUGGGGAUCAUCAUCUCCCGGGGAUCGGCUGCCUCCAUCUCCUUCAUGUACUCCUAUAUCCUGCUGACCAUGUGCCGUAACCUCAUCACCGUCCUGCGGGAGACCUUCCUCAAUCACUAUAUCCCCUUUGAUGCUGCCGUCGACUUCCACCGCUGGAUUGCCAUGGCAGCCCUGAUUUUCUCAGUGCUCCACACUGCAGGUCACAUAGUGAAUGUCUACAUCUUCUCAGUCACACCUCUCAGCGUGCUGUCCUGCCUCUUCUCCAACGUCUUCACAGAUGAUGGGUCACAGCUGCCACAGAAGUAUUACUGGUGGUUCUUCCAGACUGUUCCAGGCAUGACAGGAGUGCUGCUGCUCGUGGUCCUCGCUGUGAUGUAUGUGUUUGCCACCCACCACUUCCGGCACGUCAGCUUUCAGGGCUUUUGGAUCACUCACCACCUCUACGUGCUGCUCUACAUCCUGGUCAUCAUCCAUGGCAGCUAUGCACUGAUCCAGCAGCCCCGUUUCUACAUCUACUUCAUCAUCCCAGCUCUCAUCUACAGUGCAGACAAGCUGCACAGCCUGAGCAGGAAGAAGGUGGAGAUCAGUGUGGUGAAAGCUGAGCUCCUGCCCUCAGGUGUCACCCACCUGCAGUUCCAGCGGCCACAGGACUUUGACUACAAGUCUGGGCAGUGGGUGCGCAUUGCCUGCGUGGCCCUGGGCACCAGCGAGUACCACCCCUUCACGCUGACCUCGGCUCCGCACGACGACACGCUGAGCCUGCACAUCCGCGCUGUCGGGCCCUGGACUACCCGUCUGCGGGAACUCUACUCUCCCAAGAACCUGGCCCUCCUUGGCACACUGCCCAAGCUGUACCUGGAUGGGCCCUUUGGGGAGGGCCACCAGGAGUGGAACAAGUUUGAGGUGUCGGUGCUGGUGGGAGGAGGCAUUGGGGUGACACCCUUCGCAUCCAUUCUCAAGGACCUGGUCUUUAAGUCAUCAAUAAACUCCAAGCUGCUGUGUAAGAAGAUCUACUUCAUCUGGGUGACGCGCACACAGUGGCAGUUUGAGUGGCUGACUGACAUCAUCCGGGAGGUGGAAGAAUCGGACAAGAACAACUUGGUUUCUGUGCACAUCUACAUCACACAGCUGGCUGAGAAGUUCGACCUGCGCACCACCAUGCUGUACAUCUGUGAGCGGCACUUCCAGAAGGUGCUGAACAAGAGUCUGUUCACAGGGCUGCGCUCCAUCACCCACUUUGGGCGCCCUCCUUUCAUACCCUUUUUCAGCUCGCUGCAGGAGGUGCACCCUGAGGUGCAAAAGAUCGGGGUGUUCAGCUGUGGCCCGCCCGGGAUGACAAAGAGUGUGGAGCAGGCUUGCCGGCAGAUGAACAAGAAGGACCAGACCUACUUUGCACAUCACUAUGAGAAUUUCUGA